AUGGUAUACUCAUCACCAAGAGCCGUCGGUCAAUCACGUAAUCUUCUUCAAUUUAACAAUAUGAUUAGUCAUAAAGGUUUAAGUUCAUCUGAAUACACGGAUUAUGGAUGCUGGUGUGGUCGCGGUUCUCACGGAUCCGAAAAAUUUAUUGAUCAAACUGAUUUAUGUUGUAAAAUUCACGAUAAAUGUUAUGAUGCCUACUUUGGUUGGUUUGACGGAUGUUGGCCAUAUGCAACAUAUUAUUCAUGGGUUGGUCAUGAUAAUGGUGAAAUAGAAUGCAGUGCUACUCAACAGGAUACAUGUGAUUACAAAGUUUGCAUGUGUGAUAAAUUAGCAGCUGAUUGUUUUAAAGAAAAUCGCCCAUCAUACAGCACAACCAAUGUUGAUAUCCAAAGUGAAAUAUGUGUUUGA